GAAAGUGGAGGGGAGAUUUCGUUUCAUGAUUCACUCGCUCUUUGGGUUUGACCAACUCAACACUCUUCUCCUUCCUCUCUUCUUCUUUUUUGUUUGUUUAUUAAAUAUUCAUCCACCAUCCCACUCUCUCUCAAUUCCACAUCCAUGCUCUCAUUGGAAUCGCUCUCUCUCGGAUCUUUAGCAUAAUAAGCCAAUGGGUGUGUGCUUCUCCGCCAUUAGAGUCACCGGUGCCAGCAGUAGUAGACAGACCAACAACAACAACAACAAGGCUCAUAAAAAAGGAUGUAAGAAACCUCCAGAGAAUAAGCCCUCUACCACCACCACCACCACCACCAACGCGAAGCGGAGAGCCACCGGGUCCGUCCCUUGCGGCAAGCGUACCGAUUUUGGAUACGCCAAAGACUUCCACGAGCAGUAUACCAUCGGGAAGUUGCUGGGUCAUGGUCAAUUCGGGUAUACCUACGUUGCCAUCGACAAGUCCAAUGGCGAUCGUGUCGCCGUCAAGAGGCUCGAUAAGAGUAAGAUGGUUCUUCCAAUAGCGGUUGAGGACGUGAAGCGGGAGGUUGAGAUACUUAAAGCUCUAUCAGGGCACGAGAACGUUGUACAGUUUUACAAUGCCUUUGACGAUGACGACUACGUCUACAUUGUUAUGGAGUUGUGCGAGGGAGGCGAGUUGCUGGAUCGGAUUUUAUCCAAGAAAGAUAGUCGUUACUCCGAGAAAGAUGCAGCCGUUGUCGUUAGACAGAUGCUCAAAGUCGCUGGAGAAUGUCAUCUCCACGGUCUUGUUCAUAGAGAUAUGAAACCUGAGAAUUUUUUGUUUAAAUCAACUCAACUCGAUUCGCCUCUAAAGGCUACAGAUUUUGGUUUAUCCGAUUUUAUCAAACCAGGGAAAAGGUUCCAUGACAUUGUUGGCAGCGCCUAUUAUGUAGCUCCAGAAGUACUUAAGCGCAGAUCAGGGCCUGAAUCUGAUGUCUGGAGCAUUGGUGUUAUCACCUAUAUUUUACUCUGUGGAAGGCGCCCUUUCUGGGAUAGGACUGAGGACGGUAUUUUUAAGGAGGUCUUAAGGAACAAACCUGACUUCCGCCGCAAACCAUGGUCAACUAUAAGUGAAAGCGCGAAAGAUUUUGUUAAAAAGUUACUUGUCAAAGACCCUCGAGCACGGCUAACUGCUGCUCAAGCCCUUUCACAUGCGUGGGUUAGAGAAGGAGGGAAUGCCACUGAUAUCCCUGUCGACAUUUCUGUUCUCAACAACUUACGUCAGUUUGUGAGAUACAGCCGUCUUAAGCAGUUUGCUCUACGGGCGCUUGCUAGCACACUCGACGAGGCAGAGAUUUCUGACCUCAGAGAUCAGUUUGAUGCAAUUGAUGUUGAUAAAAACGGUGUCAUUAGUCUUGAGGAAAUGAGACAGGCACUUGCCAAAGACCUUCCUUGGAAACUGAAGGAUUCACGAGUUGCUGAGAUCCUUCAAGCGAUUGAUAGCAACACUGAUGGAUUAGUGGACUUCACAGAGUUUGUAGCAGCAGCUCUACAUGUUCAUCAGCUGGAAGAACAUGAUUCAGAGAAAUGGCAGUUAAGAUCAAGAGCAGCUUUUGAGAAAUUCGACAUUGACAAAGAUGGGUACAUAACGCCCGAGGAGCUUCGAAUGCACACGGGAUUAAGAGGCUCAAUAGACCCACUUCUGGAUGAAGCAGACAUAGACAGAGACGGGAAGAUAAGCCUGCAUGAGUUCCGGAGACUUCUAAGAACAGCGAGCAUAAGUUCGCAGAGAGUUGUAAGCCCUGGAGGCCGCCACAGGAAUCCUCGGUAGUUUUAAAUGGUAUUUUUUUAGUAGAAGAAGAAGAGGCAGAGGAGAAUGGAGACAGGGCAGUGUAAUUUGUUGUUGGGAUGUAAUAUUGUCUUUAUAUGUAAUGUUGGUUGUACCAUAAGUGGGGUUUUUGGGUGAGGUUGUAGUAGUGAUAAGUGAGUGAAGCAGCAAAACCAGAGAAAUGGUCUUUUGGCAUUCCUUGAAAAACACAGAAGAAUUAUUUUGGGUCAUUACCAGGUGGAGGAGGUUAUGGAAGGCCACGUGCAUACACUGAGUAGACCAGAUCCAAUUUUAAUGGGUGGGGUACAAAAAGAAAGAAAGAUAGAUUCCAGCUGUAUUCUCUCAUAAUAUUAUUGUGGGUGUGAACACCAAAACGAACACACCAUACAGACUUUUUCUA